AUGUCUGCCCUCUUAGGACUUGCUGCUGCUGCCACCUUCAUGAAGAAUCAGGACUCCAUCCCCGUGUCCACCUCCCUCCUUGGAGACACUUCUGACACGACCUCCACUGGCCUUGCCCAGCGCCUAGCUCCAAGUGCUUGUGACCAGUGUCUGGAUGCCCCCAAGACCACGAGCAGGAAGGCAGCCCUGUUUUCCUGCUCAGUCUGCCUGUUCUUCAGCGGUUCCAGCUGCUUUGGUUCUGGAGUCAGUCAUGGAGCCCUUCUGCAUCUUGGGCAGGGGAGGUACCAGAUCCCUGGCAAGCAUUUUCCGGCCAUAGGCAGGUGUGGGGAACAUAAGACCUGCAGUAUCUCAGUCAUGGCUGUGUCAAUGUGUUUUCUCUUUUUAGCCAGGAAGACCAACAAACAGGUGUUUGUCAGCUAUAACCUUCAAAACACAGACAGUAACUUCGCAUUACUUGUAGAAAACAGGAUCAAGGAAGAAAUGGAGACUUUCCCCGAAAAGUUCUAGCUGAGUGGCAGAAGUGAGAAUUUGUAACUUAUGUACAAUGUACAUUUAAAUAAAUGGAUUGGAUUUCAUUUUGCCA